AUAUCAAGAAAUACCAUUCACAUUAUAGCACGACAAUGAAACUAGAAAGACCCAAAACCGAUAUGACCGAUUAGAUCAAAUCAAAUUUGUAUGUUAUCUUUUAAAAUUUGAAACAAACAUAUCGAAAGAAGUCUAUCUUGCAUGCCAACACACACACCUACGUGUCAAACUCUCUUUAACUCGUCACCCAAGUGUCCAUCCAAUGUUGUUUAGCUUCUCCUCCAUAAUAAAACCAAUUCUUCACCGUCUUCUUCAUUUCACUUCAAUUCCAAUAUCAUUUACAUGUUUCUAGAUUGAUCUCUUGUAUCAAAUACUAUAUAAAAGUUUGCAUAUCGGUUAGAAAACACAAGUAUGCCGCGUGGAUACGCCUUUGGGAGGGCCGAUGAAGCCACCCACCCGGAUUCGGCUCGCGCCACCUUGUCGGAGUUUCUUUCCACCUUCAUGUUCGUCUUCGCCGCUGAAGGCUCCCUCCUUGCUUUAAAUAAGAUGUACGGUGGCGAGCAUGGACUGGCGGCAGCGGGGCUUUUAUUGGUGGCGUUGGCUCACGCGCUCGCAUUGUUUGCGGCUGUGGCGUCAAGUUUGAAUGUAUCCGGUGGACACAUAAACCCAGCGGUCACGUUCGGUACUCUUGUAGCCGGUAGAGUGUCAGUGAUUCGAGCCUUGUAUUACUGGGUGGCCCAACUUCUUGGUGCCAUCGUUGCCUCGUUGUUACUCCGGCUGGCCACCGAUGGAAUGAGACCGGUCGGGUUUACAGUGGCAGCUGGAGUUGGAACCAUAAAUGCUCUACUGAUGGAGAUAGUUCUAACAUUCGGGCUGGUUUACACAGUUUUCGCAACGGCAAUCGACCAUAAACGAGGGACAUUAGGAACAAUAGCGCCAUUGGCAAUCGGGUUAAUAGUGGGUGCUAACAUUCUGGUGGGAGGGCCGUUCGAGGGGGCGUCAAUGAACCCGGCAAGGGCAUUUGGGCCGGCCCUGGUGGGGUGGCGGUGGAACAACCAUUGGGUGUACUGGCUGGGACCGUUUAUCGGGGGUGCGAUUGCGGGUUUGAUCUAUGAGUUUGGGAUAAUACAGCCGGAGGUGGCUGUUCACACGCACCAUCAGCCACUGGCUCCAGAAGAUUACUAGAAGUUUUUACGUAUAAAAUGUGGGUUGGGUUGGUGUGGUUUUACCGUUACUUUUGUGGUGGUGGUUUUUUUUUUACCGUUGCUGUUUGUAUUUUGUGGUACUGUGAAUGUGGGUAACUUGUGGUGUGUGUGUGUGUGUUUUUGUUUUAUGUAAUUGGAGUUUGGAAUUCUAAUAUAACAAAUAAUGGAGUACCUACCCUA